AUAUCUUUAAUUCACUGACACUGUCCCUAAGAGAGAAACAGAAAGAGACAGAGGAAAAGAGCUCAUGGAAUAAUUUAACAGAUGGAGAGAGACAUCUGCAGUGUGUGAAACUGGUCAUCUGUGAGACAUAGGGAUGGAAUGACACCUGUUAGACUGCUCCACAGUGAUAAAAAACAGAAAGGGAUUGAGUGACUCCGAAAGAUGUGCCUUUUUGCACGAGAGAUCUGGAGGUCCGGCUAAAAGCAUCGCACAGAAGGUUUGGCAUGGGGAAGUGUUUCAUGGGAACCUUCGAACCAUUGAAGAAGUUGUCCACAUCCAAAAUGCCGUGACAAAUCUUGAAGCCUUUGGGCAAUGAAUUCAGAGCCAGGUACGCUUCACCCCUCUCCACGGGGUUCCAUCCAUCAAUCUUUAACAGGGUCCAUCCAUUCCUCAUCCUCCGGUUCAAUCUGCUCUGGAGACAUUGGACGUGUCCUCUCUUCCAAUGUCCGCCGACUACAUGGAGCUCUAAACCGACUGCUAAGCGAACAGGAGAGGGAACAGCUUUUGCACUGUUUACGACUCUACCACUCUCGUAGAAAUGUUUUUGACUUGGUGAGGACACUGCGCAUGAUUCUGCGUCCACAGGACCAGAGGCAACUUUUUCCAAUGAUACGCCUUGUUAUCCCGCGUUCGGAUCAAUUAUUAUUUGACCAGUACACCUCAGAGGGGCUGUACAUAAAGGAUUUGCCUUCAGGAUCUUCUGGAUACAAUUCAGUUUUAGGUGAUGGUGGUGUGUCAGCAUAUAGCAACCCAAUAUCAGGUACAACACAGGCCUUUAACUCAACUAUCCCAGGCACAAAUCCUGCCUUCAGCAUCCCAGUACCAGGGACAGCUCCUGCCUUCAGCACUCCAAGACAAGGAGCAGGUCCUGCCUUCGGUACUUCAGUACCAGGGACAGCUACUGCCUUUAGUACCCAAGCACUUGGUCCUACAGCAUCUGGAGCAUCAUAUCCUGGGGGACCACCAGGCUACAAUAACUCCCCACCUGCUGCCAUAAAGCCAGAGGUCCAUCAGGUCCUACUCAAAAGAAACAAAAACCAAGAAGGACUUGGUUUCAGUAUCCGAGGGGGUGUGGAACAUGGCACAGGCAUCUAUGUGUCACUGGUUGAACCUGGUUCUUUGGCAGAAGAAGAAGGACUCAGAGUCGGGGAUCAGAUUCUAAAAGCGAAUGGACGAUCUUUAGAUAGUGUCAGCCAUAGUGAAGCCGUUAAGGCUUUGCGGGGCUCUCAGAAGUUGGCACUGUCUGUGCUCUCCUCAGGCCGGGUUCCUGCUGGACAUGUUUCAAGUCACAUUUACACCUGGGUUGACCCACAGGGGCAUAGCGUCUCCCCUCCAGGGGGAACACCGUACCUGCACAGCCCUUCUGCAGGCAUCCCAGAGAAGGAGAAGAGGAGCCACUUACAACUGCUACAGGAGGGGGAUGAGAAGAAGGUGAACUUGGUACUGAGCGAGGGAAGGUCCCUUGGCUUGCUCAUUCGUGGCGGUGCUGAGUACUCCUUGGGGAUUUACAUCACUGGUGUGGAUCAGGCCUCAGAGGCUGAAAGUGCUGGUUUAAAGGUAGGCGAUCAGAUCCUGGAUGUAAAUGGCAUCAGCUUCCUCUCCAUUCCUCAUGAUGAGGCUGUUAGAAUUCUUCGCUCCUCUCGACAUCUUAUCAUGACUGUGAAGGAUGUGGGUCGAGUUCCUCAUGCUCGCACUACAGUAGAUGAGACUCAAUGGUUAAGCAGCUCGUACACAGGAGAUCCUCACUCAUCUACAGGAAUUCUGGGAAAUUCCUCCAAUGAAACCAGCACAAAGCCAGUCUUCUACCGAGCACCUGCCGGGUCCCAGGUCACUCUCAGCAGUCUGGGUAAUCAGUCCGUGGUUGCCCUAGAAGAGAGGGCAUGUAUGUUGCUUACUGAGCCUGAGAGACGCACAAUGAACUACUACUUCCAGCAGUACAAAGACCUCCACAUCUCAGUGCAGGCCUUCGUAAUGGCUAUGUUUGAGCUUCUCAACACCCAAGCCAAGUUCACUCUGCUGUCUGAGCUACGGCCCCAGAUCUUCCCUCAUGAUUUGGCUGUAUUUGACAACAUGGUGUUGAAGCGAGAAAUUGAGUCUAUGAAAUCUCGGCAUCGAUCAGGAGAUGCAGUCUCUGUCUUAUCUCACAGUCCAAGCACCUCAUCCACUGAGAGCCACCAGACUGUCAGCACCGCAAGCACUGCCCGGGAGCGUCUUCUGUGGCUGCUGGAUGUUAUGGAGAAUGGAGUCGAUCCUGAAGGAAGUGCAGACUCUGCAAGCCUCAGCAGAACUACUUUGCCUGACAUCUCCCUGGAUGAUGUCAACUCUUUCUUAGAGGAGCCUCCAUCAUUUCGGCCAGCUCCUCCUCCACCUCUUGCAGAAGAAACAUCUGGUGUGCUCCGAAAGCAAAAUGGAGAGCGAGCACAGCGUCCUUCCUCUGGCUCAUCACAGUCUGGGCUUUUCUUCACUGCCCCUCCUUAUCCCAGUCCACCACUGCCACCUCUGACUUCACCCCCAACUCCAAGCCCUCCACUUCCUCCUCUCACUACACCACCUACCUCUCCUUAUUCCCAGAAACCAAACCAGGCAAUAUAUGCCACUAUUUCUCCCAAAAUUCAGAAUUCUGCACGUUCUGCAGCCCAGCUGGCUCUGGUCACGCAGGUACCUCUACCCCCCUUCCCAAGAGUCCAGUCACCGACCAGGUUAAAGCCUAUGAUGGAAAGCCCUCCUCAUUCAGCUUCUUCUUCACACCCAGAACAAUCAGAUGCUCAUACUACACAACAUUUUGUCAUGGUGGAGGUCCACCGGCCUAACAGUGAACCUGAUGUGAAUGAAAUACGAGCUCUACCGCAAUCCAGAGCCGUCUUGCCCAUCUCACCCCCAGCUUCUCUCUCCCAGCUGUCUGACAGCGGGCAAACUCUGAGUGAGGACAGUGGAGUGGAAGCAGGAGAAGUUGGUGGAGGCAGCAAAGACAGCAGUCCUCAGCCACAGAAAGCUAAAGGAACAGAGAACAUGACAAAACCACCAGGCCUGCUGAAACCUUCUGCCACCUUAGUGCGUGUCAUGAAAAGUGUACCUACUCUAGGGAUAGCGAUUGAAGGAGGAGCCAAGACGCGACAGCCAUUGCCACGUAUUGUAACUAUACAGCGAGGGGGGUCAGCGCACAAUUGCAGUAAGCUGCGGGUGGGUCAGGUCAUCCUGGAAGUCAAUGGGAUCUCCCUUCAAGAUAAAGAACACCGAGAUGCUGCCAGGAUCAUUGCUGAAGCCUUUAAGACCAAAGAGAAGGAUUACAUGGACUUUCUGGUCACAGAGUUUAAUGUGUCGCUAUAGUGGCUAUUUAUGGUGCCCAUGUCAUCGGAUAACCCAGCCAGGGGUCAGUGCCACGAGAAACAAUUACUACAUGCUACUUUGUAUACUGUGUAGCUGCCAUCUGUGUGCUCUUGCUACAUAUGUGCUCCCUCCGUCAGCCUUGUGGCUUAUGUACUCCUUAUAUAUGAUAAUUAUUAUGUCAUGCUGGAGCUGGGACUGGAAAAAAGGAGAAGAAAGUAGUUUAAAACAUUCUAAGGACACCUUAAGAUAGAGCCAGACAGUAUUCCCACUGUCCACAGAGGUUAGGACAAGUCACUGCUGAGAUCUUUGGCCUGAUGGAUCCAACAUUUGCCUGAGUGAAGGGUUCGGGUUUUUAAACCUUGACUUAAACACAUCACCUCCUGAGUAUUAUUUUGAUGAAUGGGUCAUACAGAGAUGUUCAAGCAUGCUUGAAAAUCUCUGCUACAAAUGUAAGUGUCUUUCUUUGCUCAUUAGAGCUGAUGUUUGCAUGGUUGUCAGCCAGUGUACUAUGCAAAUAUUACUAGCAAUGCCAGGAUUGUUUGCAUUAUCAGUCUGGGUAGACACCAGUG